UACAAAUACAGUACACAAAACAGUAGUAGUAGUAGUAGUAAUUUUAAUAUACUUUUUCGCUGUCCAAAUAUAGUGGGUUCUACUUGUGAUGUUUCGUUUGUGCAAAUUAACUUCAAAAUAGUGUUACCCAACUUCUAUUGGGACAAGGCACAUACAGAUCCCAUGGCUAAUGUCAGCUGCUUUGUCAUUCACGACUCGAUGUACUUAAUUAUUUUGCUCUUGACCAAGGCUGAAACGCAAAUACAUUCAAUCAGAAUAUGAAACACCCUGCCCUAAAAUGCUAUUGACGCGGCCCGGGCAUGUUACGCUAAUGCCUUGGUUCUUGCUUGACAAGCUGUCGUCACUUAUUUUACCACGGGGUGAUGCUGUCUAAAGCUUGCCGUCAAGCGCAAAAGAGUAGAAUACACAAUUGUCUAAGUUCACAACAUGUUUUUCAUUUUUGUACCCUUUGAAUCUAUAAAUAUUUUUAAUAGGUUAUGGACUUUUUUCGUUGACAGCGAAUCUGUGAAGAAAGUAGUGAGAAUAAAAUAGGUGACGUCAAUUAAUAUCACAUUUUAUAUAAUCGAAUCAUAACUCAACCGAAAUCAACAGGACGACGACUUUGACGUGUCUUGUAUAUGCAUUUUUUAAAUUUACAUAACACACAGCCUUUGGCUUUGAACAUAACAUUAUGAACACAUCUCAAUUAAAUGUCACUCUAAUUGAUUGGGAGGGGUUGCUCCUAACUUAAAGGUAAGAAUAUAUUCCAUUUGCAGGACACAUCUACUCUCGGCGCUGUGCAAUGGAUGACUGAAUCAUUGGAGCCGGAGCGAUAAUGCGCAGUUCUUUGUUGCCCUGGCGACCACCAUACGUUUUUGUGGAUGAGGUCAUGUGUUACGCUGAUGGUUUCCAUAGUAACAGCCUAGAGAGGGCGCUGCGAAGGAGAGCUCCACGUAAAAUGACGCAGGGCGGGGGCGUGCGCGCGCUGCGCAAGGCUGCUUGUUGUUCCCGCAGAGAGGCGAGAAGAUGGCGGCCGUGUCAAGCGGAGGUGCCGCUGGGACUCCCGCGGCCGGUAUAGCGCACUCUGGCCGACCGAACCACACAGCCAUGGGGCCUCAGAACCGAGUCCAGCCAUCCUGCGGAAUCAGCCACCAGGGUCGUCCCGGCGCGACCACCGGGUGCAUUUCCAAUCCUGCCCAGACCUCGACCGUCAGGCCCCCCCCUGCUCGAGUGGGCCAUUACGAGAUCGAGCGGACCAUCGGCAAGGGAAAUUUCGCCGUCGUUAAACUGGCCACCCACAUCAUUACAAAAGCAAAGGUGGCUAUAAAAAUAGUGGACAAGACCCAGCUGGAUGAUGAAAACUUGAAAAAGAUAUUUAGGGAGGUUCAAAUCAUGAAGUUGCUAAAGCACCCGCACAUCAUCCGUCUGUACCAGGUGAUGGAGACAGAGAGAAUGAUUUAUUUGGUAACCGAAUAUGCUAGCGGCGGCGAAAUUUUUGACCACCUGGUGGCCCAUGGACGUAUGGCAGAAAAGGACGCCAGGAAGAAGUUCAAACAGAUUGUUGCAGCAGUUCAUUUCUGUCACUGCCGUAACAUCGUUCACAGAGACCUGAAGGCAGAGAACCUACUUUUGGAUCACAAUCUCAACAUCAAAAUAGCAGAUUUUGGUUUCAGUAACCUGUUUUCCCGAGGACAACUGUUGAAGACCUGGUGUGGCAGCCCACCCUAUGCUGCACCAGAACUAUUUGAAGGCAAAGAAUACGAUGGGCCGAAAGUAGAUAUAUGGAGCUUAGGUGUGGUCUUAUAUGUCUUGGUGUGUGGUGCCCUACCCUUUGAUGGCAGUACUCUACAGAAUUUGAGAGCACGUGUCCUAAGUGGCAAGUUCCGUAUCCCCUUCUUCAUGUCUACAGACUGUGAGUAUUUGAUCAGACAUAUGUUGGUUCUGGAGCCCAGCAGACGGCUGACAAUGGAACAAAUCUGUAAGAACAAGUGGAUGAGACAAGGAGACCCAGAUCCUGAUUUUGACAGGUUGAUAGCAGAGUGUGAGCUCGUUAAGACUGAAAGAGAGACGGAGCUUAUCAACGAGCAAGUUCUAAUAGCGAUGUCUGAGAUGGGCCUGGACCGAGAACGUGCAAUUCAGUCCCUGCACACAGAUGCAUAUGAUCACUAUAGUGCCAUCUACAGUUUGCUAUCUGAUCGUCUCAAGAAACACAAGACGUUGCGUGUUGCUCCACCCACACCACGGCCCAUUAGCUAUCCCCUUAACGCUGUACAGAUGGAUGCACAGGGUAAUCCAAUUAACAUAACGGUUCCUCAUGUCCAGCUUAUCAACCCAGAGAACCAGAUUGUUGAGCCGGAUGGCAAUAUGGCACUCGACAGUGAUGAAGGCGAAGAGCCAUCUCCUGAAGCCAUGGCUAGGUACCUCUCAAUGAGGCGGCACACUGUGGGUGUACCAGACCAAAGGACUGAGAUGCAAGAGGCCCUCCAGAAACUGCCACCAGGUUUCCCGCGGGGAGCAAUGCCCCAGCCCCCGUUUCCUCCACUCACGCCUACAUUGGGGCAAAUGCACACUCUCAUGCCAACGCAGAGCCUACAGCCAACGCAGCACCUGGAGUACAAGGAGCAGUCACUGCUGCAACCACCCACUCUGCAGUUACUCAAUGGCAUGGGGCCCCUGGGUCGAAGAGCUUCCGAUGGUGGUGCCAAUAUCCAACUACAUGCUCAGCUCCUAAAAAGGCCCCGGGGCCCAUCACCUCUUGUUACCAGUCCACACCCUAUUCCUGCUGUUGCUCCGGUGGAUGAAGAGGGAUCAGAUGGAGAGCCGGAUCAAGAAGCCGUACAAAGGUACCUGGCGAACCGCUGCAAGCGGCACACGACGCACGCGCUCAUGAGCACAUCGCAUGGCGAUCCCUCGGCAGAGCCCCAACGGUCACAGGGCCCCCGCCAGAGGGUGGGCUGGGCCCCUGACACACACACCCGAUCAAGCUAUAAAGACUGUAACACACUUCAUCUUCCUAUGGAACGCUUCUCACCUGUCAGAAGGUUCUCUGACGGCGCUGCCACCAUUCAAGCCUUCAAAACACAUCUAGAGAACAGCCUCAUUAAGCAACUCAAGCAGGAGUGCGAACAGCUCCAGAAAAUGUGUGCGGCCCAGCAGGAUGAGCGAUUCCUGGAACACACCCAACAACAGCAUAUCCUUUACCAGCAAGAGCAACAAAUCCUCCACCAGCAAAUCCAGGGUCUUUCUUUAAGCCAUGGAGAAAGUCAUCCCAGUCACCUAACCCACCAGCUCCAGAGGUUGCGUAUUCAGCCAUCCAGUCCACCGCCAACACAUCCGAGCAACCACCUCUUCAGACAGCCAAAUCAGAGUUCUCCUCCCGGCUCCGCAGGCAUGAUGCAAGGGCACGGUCCAUCCUCAGUGCCGUAUCAGCAUGGGUCUCCUUCACUGUACCAGGGCCAGAGUGGUAGCCCACCUCCCACAGGCCUUCCAAGAGUUGCUAUACCAGCCAGUCAGCAGUCAUCUGUACACCCUUCUGUCCCAUUGGCUCAGGGUGUACCUCAACAGCAGCAAGUGACUAUUCAGGUACAGGAAGUGGAAUUGGGAGUUGGGCCACAGAGGCAGGGUAGCUUUUUGUCGACACCCUGUGGACACAGAGUUCUCGGGAAGCAGCUGAGUGCAGACAACGCAGAGUCGCACAGUCGUAGCCUUGGCCGUUUCACAUCAGCCUAUGACCAGACCCAGCUCACUUCCCACCUUUUUUCUGGUGAAGCAGCCACUCGGGGUGCCCCUGGAGUGCUGGGCUCCUAUGGCCCUUACCUGCAGGGGGCCUCUCUCAACGUACCCGGACUGGAGGGUUACCAGAGUGGCGCUUUGGGGACCGGGAGUUAUGGCACCCCAUCAGCACUACAGCAAGCGUUACUCUCUCCAACUCCAGUGGACUACCGCCCCCCGCAGCAACAUGUUACACCUACUCUGCAGGGUCUCCUGUCCCCCCGCCACUCUUUGACAGGACAUGCCGAUCCUCGGUUACCGCCACAGGACCUGGCAGCACUGCUGAAGAGGCAGAGCCCUCGCUCAUGUCCUGCACCCCCAACACCGCCCAGUAGUACAACACCGGAAUACGGCGAGAUGCUACUUCUCCGCCAGCUGAGCCCGGGUGAGAGUUUGGAACCACAACCGCCUCAAAGCUCCCCAGCAGGCAAGCACUACCACCACCUUCUCCAGAUCCGACCACCGGACGUUCAGCCACAACAGCAGCCUGACCAAGCACCUUGUCCGAGCUUACCCCACUCGGAGAGCAUGGAGGAAGAUGAGGUACCAUCUGGCUACCACCACACGCAUGAGGGCCUGCUGGCCAAAGCAGGAGAAGGUCAUGAGCUCCUCCUGCGUCCUCCCAGAGGGAGCACCCCUCCCUACUACUCCCCUACUCACAGACGUGGCUAUAUGAGUCUGAGUCCUCCAACAACUAGAGACUCUGAACAUAUAGAGUGCAGACAGACAGGGCAAGCUAUGGAGGUGCCCGAUCACAACGGCGUGGGUUAUUCACGAGGUCAGCAGGGAGAAGCUUACAGAUCCCGAGGACAGCUUCAGCGUCACCACACCAUCCAGACCUGCGAUGAUGCAUAUGACCAGGCUGAGCCCAUGUCUGGGAUGAGCCUUUUGGCUGGGAAGGCGCUAAGUUCUGCUCGCAUGUCAGACAUUCUCAGCCAGACGUCACUCUCAGAAAGCCAGCAGCUGCACCAGCGGGAAGAGUCAGUGUGUGACGUUGAAGGGGAGCUCCACGCGGCGACCUGCUAUCCCUCUUCCUGCACCACAGAUAUGCUUCUCAGCUAUAAGCCCCCUGACCUGCAAUACAGCAUGGAGCAGGCUGGAGUCUAGCAGUGGAUGUGUUGUAUCCCAUGUACAGUGGUCUAUGUCAAGCAUCCUGACUUGUGUUAACUUGAGUUGAGCUGUAUCAUGCCAAACCGCCAUCACCCAUUUAUCCAUCCCUCACGUCUGUCUGUGGGGGCGGGGUUGUUGACCUCACAUGACAGUUGGAGCUAUCAGCGUUCAAAAGGUCGAAGUGCCACCAUCCUCCUGCACAAAAAUCACUUGUUACCAGUGGAUUCUUCUUUGACAACGACCAACUCCACGGCAAUCUCCGAGCACCUUUUCAUGCACACAGCGUUUUGUGCCUCAGUGGCUGCCGUAGCCGGUUUGACUUCCAACAACACAAAGAAAUGGACACACACACUGCUGCAACAGAUCCAAAGUAUUCACAUUGCGUGCGUGCAUGUGCGUGCGUGCAUGUGCGUGCGUGUGUCUGAUUAUUCGUGCGCACACUUGCUCAAGGAGAGGCGUGGAGAAGAAAGGACUCUUGAAGCUGCACACCGCUCCUCUCCCUGUACCCCUCGCGCUUGAAAACUGCAGAGCUUGUCAGACGGGACAAGAAUGGUGUUUGGAGUCCUCCAAUGCUCCCCCCCAAAGACCGAGCUCAGUGUCAUUUACACAGAGGACAGACCAUUUUUUUUUUUUUUAUGUUCUUCCCACUGGCAAAUGUCUCCCCUAUCCCCCCACACCCCCCUUUUUUUCUUAAAUAUAGUUUAUUGUCAAAUGGUAAUGUCCAUGUUAGACAUAAUGGUCAAUAUAGUUCCUGUUGUUAUCACAGUUUCCAGUAUAAUGUUUAUUAAGAUGACAUUAUUAUAGAAAAAUUGAUUUUUGUGUCAAUGAUGACAACAAUUAAGAGAAAAAAAAUGAAUUCUGCACUUUGGGGUCACACAAUGUUUUCCUUCUUCCUCCCUUUCAUGAUCUCAUGUUACUUUUUGGACUCCCCCAUCUCCACCCCCACCUGUUGUUACCUUCCUCAUGUCUGUGACAGUGUAUUUGCAUUGUGUGUAGUUUUACCAGAUUUUUGCUCCUUGUACAGCAAUGCCAUGUAUAGAACACUUUUGCAAUUUCUGCUAUUUGUUUCUCUGUUUUUAGAUGUUGGGGAGGCUUUUAUUUAAUUUUUUUUUUUAAAUUUCAUUUUUAUUGUUCAAUGUUUUCAAAAUGUUUACGUUUUUGCUUUAUAAAUCUUGACAUUUCCUGCCAAAAGCGGACAGAGAAGAGAGACAGGGCUCUUUCUAUGUCUUAAAAUGAUUGUUUGUAUUUGUGUUAAUAUAUCGAGACACUUGAAUAAGAGGAGAUUAAUAAUUUUUGUUGCUUUUUAAAUAUUUCUUCUGUUGAUGUCAUUCUUAGUGCUGUUGCGUCGGUUUUUCUUUGAGAGAGUUGUGGCAGGUCAUACAGGUUCAGGUUAGAGGCUAUGUCUGGGUUUGAGUGCUCCAGACUUGAUUCCGGGAGGGGGGCGCGCGAACCAAAAGGAAACCUAAAGGGAGUAAUUUGACAUAUUAUUCAAAACCGAAGUAUGAAGACUGACAACAACCCUGUUUUUUCUUCUCUUUCCACCCUGAUCUGCUGUGGACCCCCAGUCGUCCCUUUAUUAUAUUAUACCUUCCGCUUGGAUAGAUGACUCCGUUUGAAUAUGACUCUCCCCCUGGUUUGGAAUUGUUUAUACACCUGGACGACGGACUCUUCUCCAAACGAUCAAAAGGAAACAUAGGAAGUUGUCUGUGAAAGCGAAUUCUAAAACGGGCGUGUAACAGCACGAUUUUAGGCAUGGUGAUAUGAGCCCCCAGCAGUGCUGUUAACUGCUGGCAGGUUUAAAACUCCGCCAGAUGGAAAUUAAAUACCCCGGGACUACAGCAGAACAUUUUAUUUAAAAAAAAAAAAUUCUCAACUCACCUAUGUUCCUGUUUGAAUGUCAUAUUUUCCCUUGUGAAAUGCAAACUGAAAAGUGGUGCAGCGAAAAGAUCUACUUGUAAAUGUUUGUACCGGCCCUGAUGCACUAUACCAGACUGCUCGGUUGUCUUUCAAAACUCAGCAGUCGUUGGUUGGUCAAGCUGCGCUCGUGCCAUUUGCACUCUUGAAACUUCCCACGAAGAUCCUUAUGAACAUUUCCAAAAGUUUCACUUCCCCCAACUCGCCUUGAUUCCUCUGCGAGAGCUGUGCUGCUGGCCUUUUGCACCACGCCAACACUUUGACCCCAUAGUAAGAGCACUGAGGAGGUGACGAGUGGGAUAAAAAAGACGCGCAAGUCACACGUGAAAUUGGGGCUGGGGACCCACAGGAAGACUCAGUGCGACUGAAUCGGAAGCACUACACAUGACUCAGGCGGAAUGGGGGAGAGCUGCUUCACAAAUAUGACUGACUCUCCUCAUUUAUUUUAUUUUUUGCCUCCUAGAUGCCGCCCUCUAGUGUAUGUGUACUCAUCUCAGCCUUUUCCUUCUCUGCAAGUCGGCUCUGCUCUUAUUUUUUUUUCUGCGUUUUGUUUGCAUUUUUGCCUUUGUUUAUACGAUUUCAUUUAUGUUGAGUACAAAAAUACUAAAGUGCAACAAUGUUUAAAAAGAGGAUCAACCAAACUAAGAUAAAAAAAAAUAUAUAUAAAUAAAUACUUUAAAAAUGG